AUUGACUCCGAAUAUCUCUCCUUUUUGUUCACAGAUAAUUGGCAACUUGUCAAUCAGGAAUCUCGCAGCAAUGGCAUUGUAAACGGCCCGCCACCGACAACUUUAGGCACAUCGUGCCCGGCCAUCAAUUGUGUUUUGGUGGCCAAAUGUCUCACAACUCGAUGAUCUAUCUUCUGGUCGCAUUCCUUGUGUUGCUCUGCGCCACCACCGAAGCAAAAAAGGAGUGCUCCAUUGAUUGUCAGGAAGAUGGUUCGGCAGCCGUCGACUUGGGACUGGUGCUCCCUCCGGAGCUCUAUGAGUCGACUCGUCUUUCCAAUCUUCUUGCCAGACCUUCGUCACAGUUCAAAAUGAAACGAGAUUAUGAUUUUGUUCGAUUUGGAAGAGCUGCUCCAAUCAAGAAGGCAUCGUACGACUACAUCCGUUUCGGUCGGAAAUGAUCUCAAUUCAUCCAUAUUCACGCGGCGCCUUCAUAGACAUUCCACUUUUCACCAAAAAACUAGAACAACAUCUCAUUUAUUUUCAUUAUUUACUUCUUUAAUUCCAUCUGAAUAAUAAUUGUCAUUUAUGUGAUACACCACGAUAUAUUUAUGAAUCAUGUUGUGUGCUGAUUGCUUCCAAUAAUAAACCGGCCUUGACACGUU